UCCAGUGUACAAAUACAGUGAGUGGUGGCCAUUUUGGUCUCAUUUGUUAUUUUUUCAGUGGUUCGGAAUUCAAUAUAUAUAUUAGUUUAUACGAAGUUGGACAUACGAAAACAGUUGGAGUACAUUUUCUAGGAUGGCUAGUGCAAAAGCACUAUUUCUCUUUGCUGUGUUUUUACACUUGGACAGCAUAUAUUGCCAAGGUAUUACGACAGUGAGCACAGCAGUACAUAAUAGUUAUAGGCCUUAUAUAGAAGAUGCCAGUUAUCAUGGAGAAAUUGACGAAAAUACAAACUCUGUAAAUUUACAUCCCCACAUAUUUGCAAAAGAUGACGACGAGGGUGUUAAUGGACAGAUAUGUGCAUUUCACGUUCUGGAUGAAACGGUACCAUUCCGCAUCGAUGUUGUAGACAAGAUAACUGGUCAAGGGAACCUUGUGGUCCUCGACCCGGAGAGGAUUGAUUGCGAACGGCAAUCAGAAUGGAAAUUUGAAAUACAAGCUGGUGACUGUGGCAAUAUUGCACGAUAUUCUCACAAAUCUACAGUGCAUAUUGUAAUGGCGGAUGUCAACGAUAACAAACCGUACUUUAGCAAGAUAGCAUAUGAAGUUGCUGUGGAUGAGGGUGAGUUGUUGAAGAACUUUACCCAAGUGGAGGCCCUUGAUGAUGAUUGCUCCGCCCAGUACUCGGCAAUCUGCGAGUACGAGAUCAUCACACCUGACGUUCCUUUUAUCAUUGACAAUAAAGGAAGAAUAUCUUCUACCAAACCUUUGAACCCAAGUGACGUGUCCUCCCACGUGUUCUCCGUCGCAGCGUACGAUUGUGGUAACAAAAAGAGCGAUGCUGUUACAGUGACUGUCACAGUCAAUCGUCUUUGCGUACAAGGAAUCAAGGGUUUAUCAAAACGUAUUGAGUACAUGCCUGAUACUGACAACCACAUCCUUGGAGCCAAGAUGUUCCUGGAGCUGUGUGCUCCUUCCAAGUGCAAUUCCAGCUCCGUUUCCAUGGUAUUUGAGAUGGAAACGGACCACAUCGUAAUGGGAUGUGAUCGCGACACUUACUCUGUGGCAGCACAACGUCAAGUUUGCAAUGCACCUGAUGAGAUCAUUGACCUACUUCCGACCCCAAAUGUCGGUGAGAAGUGGACUGAAGAUCUGCAAACUGACGAAGGGCAUGAGAAUACUCAAGUAUACAAGUUUAACGGAGAAGACAGCCAAGUAUCCAUCCCUGACAAGUUCCUGCCAAGUAGUUUAAAUACCACGUUCAGUAUAUCGACUUGGAUGAAGCACGCUCCUGAGAAAGACAUCAAAGAAACCAUCCUCUGUUAUUCAGAUGCUGAGGGAGCAGAGCUGCCAGAUACAAGUAAUGCUACCACAGUUAGAACAAACUACACAGACAGAAUGAAUCGUCAUCACAUGGCGCUUUACAUCCACAAUUGCCGUCUUGUUCUGCUGGUUCGUCGCCAUGGGGACGACCCCGAUGAUUAUAGACCAGCCGAAUGGCGAUGGAAACUCUCCGAAGCUUGCGACAAAGAAUGGCAUCAUUAUGUUGUUAAUGUUGACUUACCAGAGGUUAAAUUAUACGUUGAUGGACACCACUACGCCGCCCAUCACAUUGUGACAGAUCGACCACUACAUCCCACAGCCUACAAGUCAACACUUACCGUAGGCGCAGCUUGGGAAGGUGCUUUGCGACAAUAUAUUGACCAUUUCAAUGGAUAUUUGACUGGACUAGCAAUUCUACCUGGGAAGACAGAGUCUAAAGAAGUCAUUAGCUGCAUAUUUGCCUGCAAGGAGAGGUUGACCAUCAAUAAAGACACUAUCCCCAUGCAUGAAAUCACCCAAACUAAAAGUGGAAACCGUAUUACAAUUAAGGGACCUCUUGAUGAAAAUGCUCUGUCGUACACCAUGCAACAAAUUGGUUAUAUCAACGAGAGGCAGUAUCCAACUCCAGGUCAAAGGCCAUUGACUAUCACCACCAAGGCCACUUGCGAUGGACAGGCAGUGAAGAUUCGUAAGGUGGAGUCGUACUUAAUGGUUGUCCGUCCGUCCGAACCAACAAUCAUUCUUAGCGGAUCCAAUCACAUUGCUCGCAUGGCGUCCGACCUUGUCACUGGCAUUCUACCAUUGAGCGACAUUAGCAUCAUUACCCAGUUGCAAGAAGUGGAGGAGAUUGAUGAAGAAACUGGUGAACAACUAGAUCCUCUGACAGUUGCUCAGAAUCUUGAUUCCUGCUCGGUUGUGUUGGAUUCGCUCAUGUUAUCUGAGCAUGAAUCACUUACCAUCUCAUAUGAGCUUUUGGAACAGUUUAAUCUGAAGGUUAUCAGCUCAUCUAGUGGUCUCAUUGUGAAAGGUAUUCAAAGUAUUGAAAAUUACGAAGAAGUACUACACGACAUCAUCUACACAAACGAUCGAGGACAUGACUACAGAAUCUUCACGGUACAAUGCACCGAGUUAAAUGGACGCUACGUUAGUAAUGAAUUUAUGGUUCAGUUGACAAUUCUGCACAAAAAAUUAACAGCUAACCCAUUGCCAAAGCAAAUGGUGCCAAAACUAGUAAAGCCGAGGUUACAAGGUCCAGAGCUGCCGAAUGAGCUGUUGAAACGCAAAGAUCACAUGAUGUUCAAAGCAGCCAGUAAUGGACAAGAAGAUAUCUCACAGAAAAUAACAUCAAAGAAUUAUAAGUCAACAGUUGGUGGCUCUAGUAGCAUUAUGACAGCGUUAAUAGUAAUUUGCGUCGGUUUCCUGGCUUUUGUUGUUUUCCUUGGAUUGUUCCGCAUUUACAUGGUCCAUCGCAAUAGUGGUGAAGAGAAACAGGACAUGGACUGGGACGACAUGUCAUUGAAUAUCACAAUAAACCCAAUGGACCCUGAAAAUGCCCAAGAAGUAAUGGAAGAUACGGACAGUAGCGAGGAUGAGGAUGAAAGUGCCAACAAUAGCGACGAGUCUGAAGCAGAAGAGGAAGAGGAGGUUUUGGAACCAGUAAAAGGAUCUCCAUUGGAAUGGGAUGAUGGCAACUUAAAAAUGUAAUUGGGACAAGUUUUCAACAACAAAGAAAAUCUCAACUUUAUAUGUUUCUUAUUAUCAUACCCCUACAAAAAUAUAUCGAUAAAUGUUUUUAAAUUAUUUUUCCUUUCAUAGCACUGUUCGACAUUUACAUAUUUGGUGUUUUAAGUGUUUUUAGUGGUAUAAAUUGAGCAGUGAGGCAGGGGAAGAAAUGAUGUAAUUUUUGAGGAAAAAAAAUGAAUGUAUUAAUAAUAAUAAUAUAAUGUAAACAAAGGUUUUGAGAAUUGAAUGAUCAGCAUUGCUUUUAUUCAAUUGACUCAAGUUUGUGGAGGUAGUCUCUGUAGGUGCUCUCAUUCGUAUAUAUUGUAAAUUUCCCUAUGAAGAAGAAUAAGCAAUCCAAGAAGUAUUAAAAUAUGUUCUUGUUCUUAAUGGUUACCAUACUGCUGCCUUGAUUGUAGCCCUUUCCUGUUAAUACACUUUUAAACACAAAAUCAUAAAGGCCAAGUUCGUUCCAGUAACCUAAAAUCUUUUGGUAUAGAUUAUUAUUACCGUAACUAUAUGGAAAUAUCGGAUCAAUAUAAUUUUCACUUUUGGAUGUGCUUAAAUAUAUGCAGAUAUUUAAGCAUGUCCUUUUUCUAAUUUAUACCGUAAUAUUAAUUUAGUAAGGAGUGGGUUUUCUUUAUUCAUCAUGGGAAUUAUACCGACAGCAGUAUGGUAAUCGUAGAACAUAGAAUUUGACUAAAAAGGCAGUUGAUCCUAUUAUACAGGAAACCGUAUUUUUAAAAACCAAAGCGGCCUCAUUUAUUUGACAAGCCGAAAAAAAAGCUUUAGGUGGCGGGUGACCAAACUAUCUCACAGGACUUUGCCGUCUUUUUCCAUUGUUAUAUCAUCCCAAUGUACAAAGUGGGAAAUAAAGUGUAGGAUAAUGAGUAAAAAUGUAUCUUGAAUAAAGUAUGUACAAAGAGAGAGUUGAGUGUUAUGAAAGGUUCAACUUCAGUGGGGUGAGGGAAGCAAGAUAUUCAAGAAAUUAUGUGUUAAUUAUUGUAAGAUUUUAAGUAAUAAUAUUUUUUUAAAGUCAAGAUUGCAUGUAAUUUUUGAGUGCAUUUGUUAGUUUGGUGAGUUGCUUUCUUCUCAAUACUCAUAUUGCUUCAGUCUUGAGCUUCUUGUGAUGGAGAACAGUAAGAUAUUUUUUUGAAGAAAGGGCAAUUUUUGACCAUUCCUAGAAUGUUUUUGAAAAAUGAUUGACAAAUGAUUAUGAAUAUAUAGGAAGAUGAUUACAGUAUUUUUUGAGAAAGGGAAAAAGUAAUUUACUGGACUUCUUAUUUAAUUAAUUCUUAAUUUCUAUUGUAAUAAAAAGUGUGUUUUAAUGUGAAUUGGUUUUUUGUAGAAAAGUACUUGCCAAUAUUUCAUUUGUUAUCUAUAUAUUUAUGAAUUUUGGUAAAAUAGGAAUACAAUACAUGUAUGGAUAAAAAGUAAAAAUGACAAGAUAGAAAGUGGUUUAAUUGGAUAAAUACUAAAGUAGAAAGAGGAACAAACUUGUCCAGACAGAAUGUUAGCAAGUAACACUUUUGUGCAUCUCUAUUUAAAAUGUUAAAGUUUAUUGGAAAAGUUGUUUUAUUCACGUGUCGCACGUUGAAUGGUUUUAUUGUCAAUUAAGAUUUAAAUUUGUUCAUCGUUGUUUUCUUGUCUUAAAUGUUCUGCUUUCAGUAUUAAAGUGUAGAGAUGUUAAUGUUGGAGUAUUUUUUGUUCUUAUUAAUUUUAUUAAUUAUUCCUUUUUUAUUAUAUAUUGCAAGCUACAUCAGAUAUAAAUGGGGUGUACAGUAGUAAAUUAAGCAUUAAAUAAGGCCAUAAAAUUAAUCCACUAGUGUUAUCUGUUUUAACAAAUACGAUAUCAAUUAUUGAGUUUACUAUAAAUCCUUAGAACGCACUUUUUGUAUAUUAUGACAGAUUUUAGGCAAAACAAAAACUGUUUUGAUUUUAUGUAUGUUUGCUAGCAAACAUUGCGUGUAAUCUUUCAUAGAUAAGAAUACUGUAGUAAUGGUAAAUAAGAUAAUGUUAUUGCUAUAAUUAUUAUACAGUAAUAAAAAACUGUGUUGUCUCUAGAUCUUAAUAAUGUACCUUGUGGCUUGUAAUAUAUCAAUUCAUUCGCUGUAUAUGUUGUUAGUCGAAAAGUUCUACAAAAACACAAAUAUGAAUUACGAUUAUAAUCAUCCAAAUCAAAAAUUGUAUCCAAAAAUACAUCAAAAUUUAUCUCUUUUACUUGUGACAUUAAAAAAAAAAAAUCAGUCAUCUUUUGUGGAGCUUUUCAUCAACUUUUAUCUAAAAUUAUACAAAACUAAGGAAAAAAUAUGGGUGUCGAUUUAAUACUAUAUAUAUUAUUCCUUUCAAGAGAAACUUUCAUGGUUUUUUUUUUUUCCAACAUGAAGCCUAUUUGCAGGUGGAUAAUUAUUCUCAUUAUUUUCAAUUUCCUCAUUAAAUCAUUUCAAUGUAAACAAAUUAUACUCAAAAAGCAAGAAUUUGAAAAAGAUUGGAUUGAGAAUGUUGAAAUACGCUCCGAUAAAUGCAUGUUAGUGCAGGAAUAGAGAACCGUGCCUGUAGCAGUUGUACAUGAAAUUUCCCAUUUUUUUUUGGCAAAGUUAAGUUUUCUCCAAUGUUUCAACUUAUUCAAGGUUCUCCAACAAACAGGUUAACUUUCAGAAUGGACUUGUAUAAUUUAUCACUUACUAUUUUUUGCUUUAUCUUUCUGUGUGUAAAGUGGCUUUAUUAAAACUUCUCAAUUUGAUUGACCCCAAAAA